AUGCUUACUAGAAAUAUUGUGCGGACGCGACCUUUCUCGAGCCACCUUUUUAUAAGGACUUUGAGGCAACAGAGGUUCUUUUCUGACACAACUUCGGUUCCGAAAAAGAGGUUAAUAAAUUGGAAAUAUGUUGCAUUCGGUUUGGCAGGUACUGGUGUGGCUUUCUAUAACACUAACGAUACUUUCCAUGAUUUCACUAGGCACAUAUACUUGACUUUGGGCCGUGUUGGUGUUGUUACUCGGGCAACGGCUCGCUGUUUCUAUCAUUACAAAAAGACCCUUGACGGGAAAUAUCAAAAUGAUGCGGAGUAUCAAACAGCGUUGAAGAACUGCCAUAAGAGAUGUGCAGAUAUUACUCUUAAAGCACUUGAACGUAAUGGUGGAGUGUUCAUCAAGUUGGGUCAACAUAUUGGGGCUAUGACGUACUUGCUACCGCCCGAAUGGACCGAUACGAUGAUUCCAUUGCAGGAUAAAUGUCCGGAAUCUACCGUUCAAGAAAUAGAUCAAAUGUUUCAGCAAGAUCUCAAAUGUACUUUGGAUGAAGUGUUCUCUGAAUUUGAUCCAAGACCUAUUGGUGUAGCGUCGUUGGCUCAAGUUCAUGUUGCUAAACUAAAGUCUACUGGCGAAAAAGUAGCAGUCAAGUGCCAGCACCCUCAGUUGAAGGAAUUUGUUCCAUUAGAUGUGAUGCUUACCCAAACAGUUUUUAAUCUGUUGGACGUGGUGUUCCCAGAAUACCCAUUAACAUGGCUAGGGGAUGAAUUACAGUCUUCGAUUUAUAUUGAGCUAGAUUUUACAAAAGAAGCUGAAAACGCCAAGAAAUCCGCAGAAGAUUUUAUCAGCUGUGUAAACAAAACAGCAUUAAGAAUUCCUAAAGUUGUAAGUGCUAAUAAGAGAAUAUUGAUAUUGGAAUAUCUACACGGAGAAAGGUUGGAUAAUAUCAAAUACAUGGACGAACAUCACAUCUCAAGAUCAGAGGUCUCUUCAUGUCUAUCUCAUAUCUUCAAUAGGAUGAUUUUCACUCCAAACGUUGGCAUUCACUGUGAUCCACAUGGAGGAAACUUGGCCAUCAGGGCGCUAGAAAAGCCAUAUAAGGGUCAUAAUUUCGAAAUCAUUCUAUAUGACCACGGGUUAUACAGAACACCUACUACGGAGAUGAGACGAGACUAUGCCAAAUUUUGGUUAGCGCUCCUUGAUCAAGACCAAGAGAAAUUACAUUAUUAUGCGAAACAGUUUGCCCAUGUCAAUGACGAGCAGGUUCCCCUAUUUGCAGCUGCAAUUACUGGCCGUAGUAUUGAUACCGCGUUGAAUUACGAUAUCUCUAAACCAAGAUCUCAGGAGGAAAUGGCAGUUAUGUCUUCAAAAAUAACUGAAGGAGACUUGUUGGUUGAUUUGAUGAGUAUUCUUUCGAAAAUACCCAGUGUUGUACUAUUAAUCUUGAAAACAAAUGAUCUCACUCGACACUUAGACGAAUGUCUCCACAAUCCAUUGGGCCCUGAACGAACAUUCUUAAUUAUGAGCCAGUAUUGCUCUAAGAUCGUUUAUGAUGAAGCUCGUGAGACGAUUAAUGGAUCAUAUUCAAGAUGGUCUGUGAAAUGGAUAUUUUGCGAACUAAAAGCCUGGUUGGAAUUCCAACGUCGUAAGAACCAAUUAGUCUUGUAUGAUUUAGCUUUAUGGUGGAAGAACAAAUUUUAA